AAUUACAUGACUCCGCGGUAUGAAAAAUCUUUUUAAAAACGUCCGAGUAUCGCUCGGCGAGAACAUUCGAGAAAAACCCGUUUUCGCGAUGAUUUCGCACGAGUACUUCGCUCCGACGACCGAAGACAUCGAAAUCGAAGUGUGGAAGGGCUUCGACAAAACCAAAGACGCCAUCAGCAAGGACAUCGAGUCGAUCAAAACGUGGCUGAAAUCCCAACCGCAUCUGCCGCACACGUUGUCCGACAAGCAAAUUCGUUCCUUCCUCUUGCUGGGCAAAGGCAGCGCCGAGAAAAUUAAACCGAAAAUCGAUAUGUACUACACCAUGAGAUCUCUCUAUCCGGACAUCUUCGAUCGAUCGCACCCGUUCGAUCAGCGAAUGCUCGAGGCUAAGAAAUACAUGUACAUAAUUCCCUUGCCCAAACGCACUUCGGACCACAGCAGGAUCUUGGUAUUAAAAUUAAAGGACGAACCGGACUCGUCCGGAAUGGAUCCCUCGGCGAUAUUCGCGCGAUUGCUGAACACGACAGAAGUUCGAUUGCAGGAGGAUUUCUGUUCGGGGCACACGGUGCUCUUCGACAUGGAGCACUGCAAGUUGCAGCACGUGGCUAAAGUGACUCCCACGUUUAUCAGGAGCAGCUAUAACAUCGGGGAAAAAGCUUUGACUACUAGGGUGCAAGGGAUACACGUUAUAAACGCGCCGGCGUUUACCGAGCGACUGUUAGUGCUCGUUAAGUCUAUCGUUAAGCCGAAAAUGGCGAAUAGGAUAUUCCUUCACAGAGAUAUGGAGUCGAUAAUAAAUUCGAUUGAUAAAAAUAUACUGCCUAAGGAUUACGGGGGUAACGAAAAAUCGUUGGAUGAAUUGGAAGCUGAAUUUGAUAAAAAGUUCGAAGAGUAUAGGAGUUUUUUCGACAGGAGGGUUAAUGAAAGAGUAAAUGAGCAAUUAAGACCUGCAGGUAUGGUUAACGAUGAUUUUCUCGGUUAUCAUGGAAGCUUCAAAAAGCUCGCUGUGGAUUAAGUAGAUAUUUAUUAAAUAUUAAUUGCCAAUUAUCUUGUUAAUUUGAUGUUUAGUAUUUUGUGUUGAUUUAAAUCAAAAUAAAUUAUUUUGUGUUUU